AUGCAGCAGCCGGAGCAUGCCGAUCCGCCGGGCCGGGGCUUCCCGCCACCGGCGGCGCCGGCGCCUGCCGCCGCGCGCGGAGCGCACCACCGCCGGGCCAGAUCUGAGGUUGCCUUCCGCCUCCCGGACGACCUGGGCCUCGGCGGCGGCGGCGGCCCCGACGGCGACGCCUUCGACGAGAUCGGCUCCGAGGACGACCUCUUCUCCACCUUCAUGGACAUCGAGAAGAUCUCGUCCUCCGGGCCCUCCGACCGCGACCGCGACCGCGCCGCUGAGACCUCGUCUCCGCCGCGCCCAAAGCAUCGCCACAGCAGCUCCGUCGACGGCUCGGGCCUCUUCUUCUCGCCCGGCAUCGGCGGCGGCGCGGGGAAGGAUGCCGCGGCGUCGCUGGCCGAGGUCAUGGAGGCCAAGAAGGCCAUGACUCCCGAGCAGCUGGCCGAGCUCGCGGCCAUCGAUCCCAAGCGCGCCAAGAGAAUUCUAGCUAACAGACAAUCAGCGGCUAGAUCGAAAGAAAGAAAGGCUCGUUAUAUGACAGAACUUGAGCGGAAGGUCCAAACUCUUCAGACUGAAGCCACCACCCUCUCAGCUCAACUCACACUAUUUCAGAGGGACACGACUGGACUUUCUGCAGAAAAUGCAGAGCUUAAGAUAAGGUUACAGGCCAUGGAGCAACAGGCUCAACUCCGUGAUGCUCUGAAUGAUGCACUAAAGCAGGAGCUGGAGAGGCUUAAGCAUGAUACUGGUGAGAUGACCAAUUCCAGCGAGACAUAUAACAUGAGAUUUCAACAUGUUCCAUACAACUCUUUCUUCUUCCCGCUUUCCCAGCAAAAUGCAUCCCCACACCUUGGUAGCACCCAGUUGCCACCACCGUUCCACCCACCCCAUCCCAAUGUGCCAAACCACCAGAUGCUGUCCCACCCAAACACUCUCCCAGACAUAAUGCAGCAAGAGUCUCUUGGACGGCUGCAGGGUUUGGACAUUGGAAAGGGGCCACUGGUUGUGAAGUCAGAGAGCAGCUCGAUCUCUGCAUGUGAAAGCAGCAGCACCUUCUAA